AUGAGCUCGACUCUCCAGAACUUCAAGCAGCCGGCUUUGGACUUUUUGUCCUAUGUCAAUGCUUCUCCAACUCCCUUCCAUGCCGUUCAAUCUUCCAAGGACCUCCUGGCCAAGGCUGGCUUCCAGGAGAUCAAGGAAAAAGACUCUUGGGCUUCAACAUGUAAACCCGGCGGCAAGUACUAUUUGACUCGCAAUGGCUCGACCCUUGUGGCUUUUGCCGUUGGUAAGAAAUGGGCGCCUGGAAAUUCCAUUUCCAUGAUUGGCGCUCAUACGGAUUCGCCCGUCUUGAGAAUCAAGCCUGUGAGCAAGAAGGGCGGAGAAGGAUUCGUUCAAGUUGGUGUUGAGACCUAUGGAGGAGGCAUUUGGCACUCAUGGUUUGAUCGUGAUCUGGGUGUCGCAGGUCGUGUGAUGGUUCGCUCCAGCGAUGGUUCCAUUGUGCAGAAGUUGGUCAAGAUUGACCGUCCAAUCCUUCGCAUUCCUACCUUGGCUAUCCAUCUUGAUCGGCAGCAGGACUUCUCGUUCAACAAGGAGACCCAACUCUUCCCCAUUGCUGGUCUCGUUGCCGCUGAGCUUAACCGUACCGGAGAAUCUGGCGCCACACCCCAGGCAGAAAAUGACGAAUUUGCUCCCUUGAAACCAAUGACCGAGCGCCACCACCCCUACCUCCUUGAUCUUAUUGCCGCCGAAGCUAACGCCAAGGUCGCCGACGUGCUUGACUUUGAAUUGAUUCUGUUUGACACUCAAAAGUCCUGCCUCGGUGGCUUGUUGGAGGAGUUCAUCUUCUCCGCUCGACUGGACAACCUGAACAGCUCUUACUGCGCCACCGCUGGUCUGAUUGAGUCUGUUGCCGAUGCGUCCGCUCUGGAUAACGAGGAUUCUAUUCGCCUCAUUGCCCUCUUUGACCAUGAAGAGAUCGGUAGCCGCACUGCGCAGGGUGCCGAUUCAAAUGUUCUCCCCGCAAUCAUCCGCCGCUUGUCGGUUCUCCCAUCAUCUUCUUCUGCCAACUCCGGCGAAUCAACCGCCUACGAGCAGACACUUUCUACUUCCUUCCUAGUUUCUGCCGACAUGGCUCAUGCUAUCAACCCCAACUACACAGGCAAGUACGAGCCCGAUCACCGACCGGAACUCAACAAGGGUGCUGUGAUCAAGAUCAACGCCAACGCUCGCUACGCCACCAACUCCCCCGGUAUCGUCCUUCUCCAGGAGGUUGCCCGCAAGGCCUCCGAGGAUGUUGGAGAGCGUGUUCCUCUCCAGCUCUUCGUUGUGCGGAAUGAUUCCAGCUGCGGAAGCACCAUUGGCCCCAUGCUGUCGGCAGCUUUGGGAGCUAGAACUUUGGAUCUGGGCAACCCACAACUCAGUAUGCACAGUAUCCGAGAGACUGGAGGUACUCAUGAUGUUGCUCACUCCAUCAGACUUUUUGCAGGCUUCUUCAAGCACUACUCCAGCCUGUCCAAGACCAUCUUUGUUGACUAA